GUGUGGCGCUACUGUGCAGAGGUCUGGGUCGUAGACUCUCCUUAGAGCCAGGCAGGACCUAUGUGGCCGGGCCGUGACCUAAGGGUCACUUGAAUAGUCCACCGCCAUGACUUCCUCAGACUUUCGCCGUGGUUCCACAUCAGCGCACGAUACUGAAGGACCCAGCGCUGCAGAGGCUGACUUGCGGUGUUUGUCUCUAGGGUCACUGUGCAGGGGUCUAAACAGACAGUGAUGUCAUCAACAUGAGACACAUUCCCAGGCUAGUGUUGUCAUCAGAAGGUGUCAGCCCAUGUAUUGUCUGUUUAAGGAGUUAAUAAAAAUAUAUAAACAUAUGUUUAUUUUCGAAUCAUCUGUGGCCGCACUGACCCAUCGGACCAGCCGAGCCAAUUUGGUACAGACACCGGGACGCACACACCUUCAGCGGUGUGCAGCUCACUUUACACACAACUGUGGGAUGGGUCCCGAGAGAAGGGCGGCGGUUCCGGUCUACGAUGUGUCUCUGCUGCGCGGGCUGUGGGAGGUCCGGGUGAAAAAGCAGUGCCAGCGGCAGCAGAAGGAGCGGGAGAGGAAGGAGAGGAGUGCCCUCGCCAGAAUCGAGCAGGAAUGGCAGUACCGGGUCUACUGCAAGACCCUGAAGGUGGACAUGCAAGCACUCAUGACCCGUGGCGGCUCAGAACCCGAGCGGGGGCCGGACCAGAAAGAGCCAGGCCACAGCUUGAUCUUCCAGCUGGAUGGGGCCAAGUGGACGGACUUCCCUCGAGAGCUGCAGUGGCAGACCUACCUGCAGCAGUGGCACGUCACCGGCACCAGGAUCCGCCAGCUUCCAGACUUCCUGUGCUCCUUCACCCAGCUCACCGUCCUUCAGCUGCCCAGGAACCUCAUCGUGGACCUGCCGCCUGAUAUCGGCAAGCUGAGUCGACUGCAGCGCCUGGACGUGAGCUACAACCGACUUGGAGCCAUCCCCCCAGACCUGGGUCUCCUGCAGGACCUGCAGAUGCUGGAUCUGGCGGGGAACCGGCUGAGGGAACUGCCCUUCGAGCUCAGCAGCCUGAAGAGCCUGGCUCACCUAGACGUUGCAGAGAACCGGCUGCCGUCCAUCCCCGUGUGCGUCCUGAGGAUGGAGCGGCUGCAGCUGCUCAACCUCAGCGACAACCAGCUGAAGGACCUGCCGCAGGACAUGGACAGGCUGCAGCAGCUGGACUCUCUCUUCAUCCACAACAACGACCUCUCAUACCUUCCUCAGUGUCUCAACAACAUCAGUACCCUGAAGAUGGUCGUGGUCAGUGGAGCACCGCUGACCUGCGUCCCCACCAAGCUGUGCAACAGCCCGCACAUCAAGUUCAUUCGUCUCUACGACAACCCCGGGCGUGGCGACAGGAGGACAGACAGGUGGAGGAGACAGGAGGAGCUGAGGACAGACAGGGGGGAGAAGGAGUUCCUGGAGGCCUAUGUCCACUCGCUGCAAGACCGAGAAUCCGUUCCCUACUCCACCACCAAGAUUUCAAUCUCCUGCAAGCUGUGACCACCCGAGGGAGGAGACCCAGUGGGGCACCUCGGAUAGAUGACAUUUCGAAGGUGCGGCUAGACCUAGAUGGCUUCGUGUAACCGGCGUGAGCUUCAUUCCGACGUUUGAGUGUCAGUAGUGACCAAAAGCAGCUUCGUCGACUGACGAAGGUUUGGUGAAAUAACGCAAGAUUGUCUGCGAUUACUGGUUUUAUUGUUCCCGAGGAACCUCCAGCUCAAAGGCACACCAGGAUAUAAAGUGCCUUGUCACAUACAUCGUGCCUCUCUGUGGAGCGCCAGGAGGAACUCUGCUGCAUUUGAUUCCAAGCUAAUAAAAAGUUAAAAAACAAACAAAAAAAAAAACUCUAAAACCUUGCCCUCGCUCGGGUCACAUGACCCUGUGUUGCU